CUCCAUAGAGACGUCUUUGUCUUUCACUCUCAAUUUGCUUCUAAAUUUUCCUUCAAUCUCCACUUUGUUGUCACCCAGCCCGAUACCACUGUAAUUCACUUUUUCAACUUUAGGCUGUCCAAUACUAUUCCACACUUCUUUAGUGACAACAUUGAUCUGCGAUGCAGUAUCAACAAUCAUUUCAACAUUCAGUUCUCCAAACUUCACUUUUUGUUUCAUCCACUCUUCUUUUUCUACACUUUGCAUUGGAUCGAAGAUUGGAUCGAAGAGCGCCAAAUCUGGCUGACGCCCAUACACAACACAACAUACCCACCUUCCCAUUAACCAUUGUAACGCCCCAUUUUAACUACAACUACAUAAACAACGCUGGAAGUGAACAAACCGUCUCAGUCUCAUUUCUGUAUCACACAGUUUGGAUUGCCGUUCUUUAGGAUUGGGAAUUAAUAAUGUUUUUAGAUUAACCCUUCUUGCUAUAUAAUAUUUUAAAUUUAUUUCGUGCUUCACUUUUAUUUCAUUUUCGUGCAU